CGGUUUUCUUCUUCUCCAUUUUUCACCGUCAUAAUUUAUUUAACCAGGUUAAAGGGAAAAAGAGAAAAGAGAUUAUCAUUGUUUCUUCUGUUUAUUGCAAGCCAAGUUGGAAUAUGCUGUUAUUUUGUUCCUCUCCUCGUUAAGUAGUCUCUCUCAUUUGAAAAUUUGGUGCACAUCAGUUUUUAGGCUUUUGUUGAAUCAUCCAGAAUCAAGUAAAGAUCAUAUAUGUAGGAAGGCAGAAGUGAUUGGUUGGGUAUCAAAGUAAAAGAGACAAUGUCUUUCCUUAUUAAAGAUGUUGAUCCAGCAUUUCAGGGUGCUGGAGCUAAGGCUGGUUUAGAAAUGUGGUGCGUUGAGAAUCUCCAGUUGGUAUCUGUCCCUAAGCCAUUACACAGCAAAUUUUAUUCGGGAAGUGUAUACAUCAUUCUGAGUACGACUUUCCUAAAAAGCAGUGUUCCUCAGCAUGAUAUUCACUAUUGGCUGGGAAAUGAAGCAAAUGAGGUGGACUCAACCAUAGCAUCAGAUAAAGCACUAGAGUUAGAUGCAGUACUGGGUUCCUGUACAGUGCAAUAUCGGGAAGUUCAAGGUCAAGAAACACAGAAAUUCUUAUCAUACUUCAAACCUUGUAUAAUACCCAUGGAAGGAAAGUAUUCUUCACAACCAGUAACUAAUUGUGAAACAUACCCAGCCAGCUUAUUAACGUGCAAGGGAGAUCAUGUUGUUCGUGUUAAAGAGGUACCCUUUUCCAGAUCAUCUUUGAAUCACAAUGAUGUGUUCAUUCUCGACACAGCAUCAAAAAUUUUUCUCUUCAGCGGCUGCAACUCUAGUGUUCAGGAAAGAGCUAAAGCUUUGGAGGUUGUUAAAUAUAUCAAGGACAAUAAGCAUAGUGGGAAGUGUGAGGUGGCCACUAUAGAGGAUGGGAAAUUUGUUGGUGAUUCUGAUGUUGGUGAAUUCUGGAGCUUAUUUGGUGGUUAUGCUCCCAUUCCUCGAGACUCACCUUCAGCUUUUGAGCAACAUCCUGACACAUCAUCUGUAAAAUUGUUCUGGAUUAAUACUCAGGGGAAACUCUGUCCAGUAGGAACUAACUCAUUGAACAAAGAGAUGCUUGAAAAAGACAAAUGCUAUAUGUUGGACUGUGAUGCUGAAGUUUUUAUUUGGGUUGGAAGAAACACAUCAGUUAGUGAGAGGAAGACAUCGAUUUCAGCAUCAGAAGAUUUCCUAAGGGAUCAAGGAAGAUCAAAUGGAACUCAUUUGACUUUUCUAACUGAAGGUCUAGAAAGUGCCGUAUUUAGGUCUUUCUUUGAUGGCUGGCCUCAGAUUGUGGAAACUAGGCUCUAUGAUGAAGGUCGAGAAAAAGUGGCAGCAAUUUUCAAGCAACAAGGUUAUGAUGUGAAGGAGCUUCCUGAGGAAGAUUGCCAACUCUAUAUAAAUUGCAGAGGCACACUGAAAGUUUGGCAUGUAAAUGGCGACGAAUUGUCUCUUAUUCCAGUUACUAAACAGAGAAAGCUUUACAGUGGGGAUUGCUAUAUUGUGCAAUAUACAUAUCCUGAAAAUGGGAGGGAUGAGAAUCUGUUCUAUUCAUGGUUUGGUCGGGGGAGUGCGAUGGAAGAAAGAGUUAGUGCCAUCACUCAUAUGAGUGCCCUAGUUGAUUCAACCAGAGGGGAUCCAGUAAUGGCCCAAGUCAUUGAGGAUAAGGAACCAGUUCAAUUUUUCUUGAUUUUCCAAACAUUAGUUGUUUUUAAGGGAGGUAUGAGUUCAAGUUACAAGAGGUUGAUAGCAGAAAGAGGUAUUGAAGAUGAAACUUAUGAUGAAAAAAAGACUGCUCUUUUUCGAAUUCAGGGAACAAGCCCAAACAACAUGCAAGCUAUUCAAGUUGAUCUUGUUUCAAGCUCUCUGAAUUCAUCCUACUGUUACAUCUUGCAAAGUGGAACUUCUAUCUUUACUUGGAUUGGGAAUCUCUCUUCAACAACAGACCAUGAUCUUCUAGACAGAAUGCUUGAAUUAAUUAAUCCAGAUUGGCAAUCCAUAUCAGUAAGAGAAGGAAGUGAACCCGACAUUUUCUGGAGUAUGCUUGGUGGAAAGGUGGAAUAUCCAAGAGAAAAAGAGAUUACGAAAUGCAUUGAAGACCCUCAUUUAUUUACCUGCUCCUGGACUACAAGUGAUUUCAAGGUGAAAGAGAUAUACAACUUCAUGCAGGAUGAUUUGACUACUGAAGAUGUGCUAGUACUGGACUGCCAAAGCGAGAUAUAUGUUUGGAUUGGACACAAUUCAACUGUUAAAUCAAAAGAACAAGCCCUUCAUCUUGGUCUGAAAUUCCUUGAGAUAGACAUUUUGGUUGAAGGGCUAUCUCUGGACGCGCCUGUAUAUGUUGUCACAGAGGGCCAUGAACCACCAUUUUUCACCCGUUUCUUCACAUGGGAUCCAUCAAAGGCAAAUAUGCAUGGUAACUCAUUUGAGCGAAAGCUUGCUACCAUAAAAGGAAAAGCACCAAAUGUAGAAGCACCUGUGAGGAACUCAUGGAAAGCUUACUCCAGGGAGAAUACACCAAAUGGUUCCAGAAGCAAUGUAAAUUCAAACAGGUUGCAGAGAAGCGCAUCUCCUGCCUCAAUCAUAUCAAAUUCAGAUUUGAAGUCAUCAAGCGACCGCAAUUCAUUCAGCUCAACUCCAAUUGCCAGGAAGCUCUUUCCAGCAUCUUCUCCUUGUGAAAGUGGGACUGGUUCUCCAGCAGCUGAGCCAAGCCCCUCUUCAGAGAAUGCAAACUCAAGUUGGGCUGAUGGCGUAGAGGCUGGUGUAAAUGCAUUGACAUUUUCAUAUCAAGAAUUGAGAGUGGAUUCACAUACUCCAGUGAAAGGCAUAGAUGUAACCAAAAGAGAGGCUUACUUAUCAGAAGCAGAAUUUGAAGAGAAAUUUGGAAUGACAAAGAGAGCCUUCUAUGCCCUUCCCAAAUGGAAACAGAACAAGUUCAAGUUCUCUCUCAAUCUUUUCUAAGCAGGCUAACUUGAGUAUCACAACCAGAUGCCCCGAGUCCACUAUUUAUCUUAUUUUUCUGUCAAAGAUUAGCUGGACCAUGAAGGUAUGUCUGCGUUUAAUUACAAACCAUGCCUAAUUUGAUAAGUUCUCUUACACCUCUACCCACCUUCAGUUUUUCCUUAUAAAAAAUUCAUGUUUGAAAUUAUCUUUAUUUCAGAUCCCGAAAGCUUGUCAUUUUUUAAGAAAAGGGAAAUGUCUUGUAUAGUUAUAUUUCUUCUGUUGGAGAAACCCUUUCGAUGAAACAGAUAUUUAUCUGCA